CUUCAGGUAGACAAAAAACGUUUUAUACUGACGAAUAUAAUAUAGUUGACGUUUAAAUACCCUGUUGGAUCAUGGAUGUGACAUGUGAAUAACCAUGAAAGUGCACAUGAUGUUCGCACUCUGCGCUCUGAUGAUACCUUAUUUGCCCCUGCAGUGCCGGUGCAACUGUUGCCUAGACACGGUGAUCAAGUCAAUUUUCCAGACGUUCAACCCCAGCGUGGAAGCUGGUCCCGAGCGGAUAAUCAGCCGACACCGGUACGACGACGGCUUCAUGCCCGAGUAUCCCGCGGCGGUCAUCGGUCACGGCGGGAAAUGGGUCAAGCCACCCGACGACGACUAUGACGAUGACGACGAUAGCGGAAGCGACCCGUCAGCGGAUUACGUGGACGACGGUGCGAGUUCUGGAAGCGGUACAAGUAGUGGCAAGGGCGGCGGUGAUAAAAGUGGCGAGAGUGGCGGGCGUCGGCUGGAAUACUCCAUCCAGCAACAUAAAUCCGACGCGGCUGUCGCUGCCGCUUCCGCAGGUUCCUCCGGCCCGGUGAUGCGGCCCGACGACUAUCGACCCUUUUCGGAUUUCAUCGUCAGCGUGCUCCAAACGGUUCAGCUGACGCCCCGCGCGAUACUCAAAAAGUCCAAAGGCAAAUCCGACGAAGCCCGUGCCGCGAGGACGACGACUGUGCAGCCGGAAAGCCACGACGACAUCCCGAGAACGUAGUAACGAAACGCGGCGACGGAUGUGGGUGAGCAUAAUACGAGGGCAGACCGUCGUAUUGCAAUUGGUUUCAUUGACCUUUCUUACAUUAUAUUACAUUUAUAAACUCGUGUGGGCUUACGAAAAAAUGCACACUUUUUCGUCCUCAACCCUCGCAAACGCUAAUGUUGCGACGAUAUAAUUAAUAUACUCGUAAUUUUUGAUUAUAAUUAAAAUUAAUGUAUGUGUAACGUGGUUAUAUUAUUAACGUCUUCGUGUUAACGUACGUUUUAGUUUAGUGUAUUUGAUUGCAACUUUAUAGUUUAUACAUAACAUAUUAAUAUAUUAUACUAUAAGUGGCUUAGUAAAAACAAAAAAAUUAUGUUAAUUUUUAAUGUAAUCUUCUAUCGUGUAAACACAUGACUACGAUAAUAGGAGUAAUGUUGUUUCGCUGCUGUAGUCGAUUUACAACGCGAACGAAACUUUAAUUUAUCUUUCAAAAUUGUAUUCAAAUUCCAACUUUUGUUCGUAUACAUAUUGUGUACAAUGGCAAAAAUUAACGCUGUUUGCGUUUAUUUAUUUAAUUUUCGGCUCGAAGGUCGAACAUUGUGACAUUUUUAAUAGACAAGUUAUUGUACUGAUUCGCACGGACUACUGGCACAUUUAAUAUUUACUAUAUUAUAAUAUUGUAUAUGUUGAAAAAAACGUUCGAGAGAAAAAACAAUCAACAUCUCGCCGAUGUUUGUUCGAUACGUCAUACUUACUAUAUAAUAAACCACGAUGCACAUUUAAUUUAAGUCAGUAUAUUAUUAUUAUAAUUGUACGCUGGUAUAUGUAUGGUUGUCACAUUGUUAUUAUACUCGUAGUUUUUGUUUUUUUUACACUGACUCGGUUUAUGCGAUUGUUUCCAAUUUAAAAUUUUUACAAUUGUAAUAUUAUACUUCGUAUACAUUUUACUAACUUAUUCAUAUUA